AGUAAGCGGACAUACAAAAUAUCCCCUCCGUUUUUAAGUAGGGUGCCUUUUCGUAUUCAGAAAAUGAACAAACCUACCAUCUGAAUGUUUGCUUUGACAGUUGUUGUUUACAAGGAUUACAUCAAUCGAAUAUUGGGUUUUGUAUUGCAAAAAAGCAAAAAAGUGUGAAUUCUUAACAAUAAUUUUAAAAAUAUAAAAAUGCAGAGCAUAGCCAUGCAUAUCGUUUUGCUUGAGGAAGAAAAAGAAGAAGAGGCAACACUGCGUCGAACUGUUCGGAGGCAGUUAAGAGAUCAUUCCAAUCCGUUGGAGUUACCUGAACCAUUAUUUCAAAAGCUCUAUAGAGUUAAUAAGGCAGCCUUUACGUACUUUCUAGAGGUCUUAACAGACGCAUUGCCCUUAAAUGUACAAUCCUUUGGAAUACCACCCAUUGUUAAACUUGCCGCUUGUUUGCGGUUUUUUUCAGAGGGUGGAUGCCAAAAAGUUGUCGCUAAUGAUUACCAAGUUGGGCUAGCACAAUCCUCCGUAAGUGCCGUAACAAGAAAUAUAUCCAUGAAAAUAAAACAAAAAUAAAUAAAUGUUUGCAAUAAUAAACAAUUUCGUCGAAAAACUUA